GGCGCGUCCCCGCCCCCCGCGCCCGCCCCCCGAUCGAGCCCCUCCGAGCCGGCCCUCCGUGGGGCCCUGUCGGGGGGCGAGGAGGUGCGCGCGCAAGUCUCGGUACCCUGGGGUUGCUGGUGGGGUUAGGCCCCAGGGCGAGCACCCCCUGUUUUGGGAGCUGGGGUCGACCGGGCCAGGGUUGCGUGUUUAUGGACUCUGAAGGGCCUUGAUUCUCCUGUUCCCAGGGGUUAAGACUGCCCGGUGGGACACAGCUCAUUGAAUGCUCAGGCAUCCAGAAGUGACUUGCGUGUUGAUACCUGUCUGUGGUGCAGUGCAAGUGGGGAAGAUGCCAAGCCUCUUCAAAAAAAAAAAAAAAAAUCUUCAGCUCUUCAGUGGUAGCUGCUCUCACAAGUGUGGUGGAAGGUUGGGUAGUGGUUCCAAUCCUUUCCAGCAUUUGGAGAAGAGUGCUGUCUUGCAGGAGGCACGCAUAUUCAACGAAACGCCCAUCAAUCCAAGAAGAUGCUUGCAUAUCUUGACAAAGAUUCUUUACUUACUCAACCAGGGUGAACACUUCGGAACUAUGGAAGCUACAGAAGCCUUCUUUGCAAUGACUCGAUUGUUUCAAUCUAAUGAUCAAACGCUGAGGCGGAUGUGCUACCUCACCAUCAAGGAAAUGGCCACCAUCUCUGAGGAUGUGAUCAUUGUCACAAGCAGUCUGACCAAGGACAUGACUGGAAAGGAAGAUGUAUACCGAGGCCCAGCCAUCAGGGCUCUCUGCAGAAUCACAGAUGGAACAAUGUUGCAAGCCGUUGAAAGGUACAUGAAGCAGGCCAUUGUGGAUAAAGUAUCCAGUGUAGCCAGCUCAGCGCUGGUCUCUUCCUUACACAUGAUGAAGAUAAGCUAUGAUGUGGUUAAACGAUGGAUAAAUGAAGCCCAAGAAGCUGCAUCAAGUGACAAUAUCAUGGUGCAGUACCAUGCACUAGGAGUGCUCUAUCACCUUAGGAAGAAUGAUCGGCUUGCUGUCUCCAAGAUGUUAAAUAAGUUUACCAAAUCUGGUCUCAAAUCACAGUUUGCAUACUGUAUGCUGAUUCGAAUUGCUAGUCGCUUACUGAAAGAAAGCGAGGAUGGUCAUGAAAGUCCACUCUUUGAUUUCAUUGAGAGCUGCUUGCGAAAUAAACACGAAAUGGUUAUUUAUGAAGCUGCUUCUGCCAUUAUUCAUCUUCCCAACUGUACUGCAAGAGAGCUGGCACCUGCUGUCUCAGUUCUUCAACUUUUCUGUAGCUCUCCUAAACCAGCCUUGAGAUAUGCAGCUGUGAGGACCCUGAACAAGGUGGCAAUGAAGCACCCCUCUGCUGUUACUGCCUGCAAUCUGGACUUAGAAAACUUAAUCACAGACUCAAACAGGAGCAUUGCUACCCUGGCCAUUACAACAUUGCUCAAAACAGGAAGCGAGAGCAGUGUAGACAGGCUUAUGAAGCAGAUAUCUUCUUUUGUGUCUGAAAUCUCAGAUGAGUUCAAGGUGGUGGUCGUGCAGGCCAUCAGUGCUCUCUGUCACAAGUACCCUCGGAAGCACAGCGUCAUGAUGACUUUUCUUUCCAACAUGCUUCGAGAUGAUGGAGGUUUUGAAUACAAAAAGGCCAUUGUGGACUGCAUAAUCAGCAUUGUGGAAGAGAACCCUGAGAGUAAAGAAGCUGGUCUAGCCCACCUCUGUGAAUUCAUUGAGGACUGUGAACAUACCGUUCUGGCUACUAAAAUUCUCCACUUAUUGGGCAAAGAGGGCCCUAGAACUCCUGUUCCCUCCAAGUAUAUCAGAUUCAUUUUUAAUAGGGUGGUCCUGGAGAAUGAGGCUGUCAGAGCUGCUGCUGUGAGUGCUUUGGCUAAAUUUGGGGCUCAGAAUGAGAGCCUUCUCCCCAGCAUCCUUGUACUCUUACAAAGGUGUAUGAUGGAUACUGAUGAUGAGGUACGGGACCGAGCUACCUUCUACCUGAAUGUGCUACAGCAGAGACAGAUGGCCCUGAAUGCUACAUAUAUCUUCAAUGGUCUGACAGUCUCUAUACCAGGGAUGGAAAAGGCCUUACACCAGUAUACAUUGGAGCCUUCAGAAAAACCCUUUGAUAUGAAGUCAAUUCCUCUUGCUAUGGCUCCUGUCUUUGAGCAGAAGUCAGAAAUUACACUUGUGACUCCUAAGCCAGAGAAGUUGGCUCCUUCCAGGCAAGACAUUUUCCAAGAACAGUUAGCUGCCAUUCCUGAGUUUAUGAACCUGGGACCCUUGUUUAAGUCUUCUGAGCCUGUGCAGCUUACAGAAGCAGAGACAGAGUAUUUCGUUCGCUGUGUGAAGCACAUGUUUACUGACCAUAUUGUAUUCCAGUUUGACUGUACCAACACUCUAAAUGACCAGCUGCUGGAGAAAGUAACAGUGCAGAUGGAACCAUCCGAUUCCUAUGAAGUGCUGUGCUGUAUCCCAGCUCCCAGCCUCCCUUACAAUCAGCCAGGAAUAUGCUACACACUUGUUCGAUUGCCAGAUGAAGAUCCUACAGCAGUUGCAGGCACCUUUAGCUGUACCAUGAAGUUCACAGUCCGGGAUUGUGACCCUAAUACUGGAGUUCCAGAUGAAGAUGGAUAUGAUGAUGAAUAUGUGCUGGAAGAUCUUGAAGUAACUGUGUCUGAUCAUAUUCAGAAGAUACUAAAACCUAACUUCGCUGCUGCCUGGGAAGAGGUGGGAGAUGCCUUUGAAAAAGAAGAAACCUUUGCCCUGAGCUCUACAAAAACCCUUGAAGAAGCUGUCAACAACAUCAUCACAUUUCUUGGUAUGCAGCCAUGUGAGAGGUCAGAUAAAGUCCCCGAGAAUAAGAACUCCCACUCCCUCUAUCUAGCAGGUGUAUACAGAGGUGGCUAUGACUUAUUGGUGCGGUCCAGGCUGGCCCUAGCUGAUGGAGUGACCAUGCAGGUGACUGUGAGAAGCAAAGAGAGAACGCCUGUGGAUGUUAUCUUGGCUUCUGUGGGAUAAGUUCUUGCUGGGAAGGGUGAUGUUGCUAUGCCCUCCCUAUUGGUGGUUUUUAGGCUAGUGGCAUGAUCUUCCAAGAAUCACACAUAAAGAUUAAUAAUGAUGACUUUGAAGAAGCAAAUCCAAGUGUUUGGCCCUGCGCCAGCAGAUCAAACAUCUGUCUGUCUGUCUGUCUUUGAGCAUGAGCUUUAGAGUUUCUUCCCUCAUCUCAUGUCUCACUCACUCAGCCUCGGUGCGACAAUGCAGCUUUGAGUGGGCUUGAAAAUCAGAUACUACUUAUGCUAUUCUACAGCUGCUUAGCUUCAUUAUAUGCUUCUAUUUAAUGUGUGAAAAACUCUUGGCAAUGCUGGAAAAUUUUAUCCCAGAAGGGUGGAGGGGGAGGGGAAGCCGGAAUCCAUUUUUGUCACAGUUUGUUUUUAUUAAUAGAAAAUAAACACUCAUUCAUUCCAGUUUCAAAGUUGCUAUACUUGAAAUUUCUAAUUUAAAAAACGAAUUUAAAAUAAUCAAUAAUGCUGCUUUAACUAAGUUAAAACUGUGGCUUAAAAAAGUAUUCAGCACCAUUUGCUCUUAGGUCUUUCAGAAUUUGUUCUUAAUGUCUCUGGAAACUUGCCUGUUUAAGUACAGGAGUUAUAUGAGAAAGCCUUUCUGAACAGCCAGCGGGAUGCUGAGCGGCCAUCAUAGAGGAGCCAAUGGACAUUCAUUCCGCACUUACAUGUCCCUUCCCCUCCACGUCAGCCCUGGAGGAGCUGCCCCUAGGCUGUUAUUUACUAUUCAGCUUGGACUUUCUAAACAGUAACAGUAAAUCUCUGGCACAGAUGCAGUUCUUAAUGCCUGGCAGUUUUAGGAAAUUCUGCAAAUAAUUUCAACCUGUUUAUUCACAAAUUCUAUAUAUAAUGAGGUUUUCUUCUUAGCAAGGGCCAACUGUUUGUAAAUAUAUACAUGAGUAUGCAAAUCAGUCUUAGACUCAUACUCAGAACACUGUAUUUACGCCAAUGUCUAUUUAGGUUCGAUGGGCUGGGGUGGGGAGAGUGCUGGGAACUGAACCCAAGGGCUUUAACAUGCUAGGCAGGCACACUACCACUGAGCUACUUCCCCAGCCCCCUAAGCCAAUGUCUGUUUUAACAAAAAUGUCUGUUAGAAGCAGCCGAUGAAACUAAAUGUAAAGGAGUGACAAGAUGAUCCCUCUCAUAAACUGUAACAGAUCCUGAAAGGGAGAUAGCAAGCUCCUCCCUCACUCUGUAUUCCAGUUAGGAUUGGGCCGGAAGGGAGCACUUCUAAAUAUUUUAAUAAAGUCCACAGAAACUGGG